CCGACGACCUUCGCAUCCCAUCGCGCAAUCGCAAUCACCCUUCCCCAUCUCAUCCUCGACUCAUAGUCAAUUGGCAGACAGCAGCGCGGAUUACCCCUCGCAUCUGCGCUUCAGCUCUCUGACCACCCGCCUCUCCGGCGCGGCAUUGCUGGCAGCUCGCAAGGACGGAUUGGUAGCAAAGUAGAGACGCCGUCCCUCGUCUACGCCGCAUACGACGAUGUUCUUCCUCAAGCGUCUCGAGCACCCUAUUCCCUUGCACCCCUCCUACUUUGGUCCCUCGCUUCAGCAGUUCAUUGAGCAGAAGCUCAAGGACGACGUCGAAGGCACUUGCUCAGGUCAGCACGGCUACAUCGUCAAAGUCCUCCGCAUCGAUUCCAUCGGCGAGGGGAUUGUUCUCCCCGGCGAAGGCCUCGCCCAGUUCAACUCCGUAUACCAAGCUCUGGUUCUGAGGCCAUUCAAGGGCCAGGUAGUCGACGCAGUGGUCAGCAAUGUCAACAAGCUGGGCUUCUUCGCUCAGAUGGGCCCGCUACAGAUCUUUACCAGCGCCCAUUUGCUGCCUAUGAGCUACAGGUUUACGCCUGAUGCGAACCCGGCCGAGUUCUCGCCCAUGGGCGAAGGGGCUGCAGGCCAGGGAGCAAGUGUGGUCAAGGGGACGAAGGUAAGGCUGAGAAUCAUCGGUGUCAGGCUGGAUGCGACGGAAAUCGUGAGUCUUCCAGCGCGGCAGGGUGCGCGGCGGGUGAAUGUAUGCGACCGUCGUCGACUGACCGCUCCUGCCUUGCACUCAGUUCGCCAUUGGCACCAUGAAGGAGGACUUUCUGGGUCCCUUUGACUGAUAGAGCGAUGUAUUGCGCAUGCUCGUUAUCAGUCUCAUCAUACACACGUAGCAAUCGCAGCCAAGUCCCACAACAUACGGCAGGGUCGAAGAUGAGCGGCCGCGGACCCAACCGCGCCUCGUCUCGACUCGGCACUGUACACUCUUUUUCCAGCUUGUU